UUAUUUCGAAGCGAGAUUAUUGUUCGAUUCUAUACUCUGUUUUAUUUUGUGUUUGUUGAUUCGUUAUUCUUUAAUGACGAUGGAUGAUAACGAGAGUUGCAGUAGCAGAGCUGUAGAAUCAUCAUCACCUGCGCACCCUCGUCAGCAGAAACAGAAGCUUGAGGUGUAUAACGAGGUGCUUCGUCGACUCAAGGAAUCUAAUCACGAGGAGGCUAAUCUUCCUGGUUUUCAUGACGAUCUAUGGUCUCAUUUCAAUCGACUGCCGACGAGGUAUGCACUGGAUGUGAAUUCUGAGAGGGCCGAAGAUGUUCUCACACACAAAAGAUUACUGCAACUGGCGUAUGAGUCUGAUAAGAGACCAGCAUUUGAGGUGCGCCUUGUGCAGGUUAUGCGUAAUGGAAGUUCUGUUGAUUCCAUCCACUCAAACUCUUCAAGCAAUGGAGCACAAAGUUCUUUCAGUCAACCCAGCAGACAGAGCAUUCAUCCUCCUCCUGCAUUUGGUUCAUCACCCAAUCUUGAAUCCCUUGCACUUGGAGCAAACAGCUCACAUAUUGAAGAUGGAGUUAAUGCUGUGCAUGACAAUCCACAGUUUUCCCGGGCCAUGCAUGAAGUCACUUUUUCAACUGAGGAUAAGCCAAAGCUUCUUAGUCAGUUGACAUCAUUACUCGGUGAGCUUGGGUUGAACAUCCACGAGGCACAUGCUUUUUCCACUGUAGAUGGCUACUCCUUAGAUGUCUUUGUUGUUGAUGGUUGGCCAUAUGAGGAAACCGAAAAGCUUAAACAUACUCUGGAAAAAGAGAUUUUAAAGAAUGAGAAGCAAUCUUGGUUGAGGCCCCAUACCUUGUCUUCUGUCAGCCAGCAUGGGCAAACCGGAUGUGAUCCCAUUUCUGAUCAUGUAAAAAUACCUACUGAUGGGACUGAUGUCUGGGAAAUUGAUAUCAGGCUGUUAAAAUUUGAAAACAAAGUUGCAUCCGGGUCCUAUGGCGAUCUGUAUAAAGGUACAUACUAUAGCCAGGAGGUUGCUAUUAAAGUCCUAAAGCCUGAGCGUAUAAAUGAGGAUAUGCAGAGGGAGUUUGCCCAGGAAGUAUUUAUUAUGAGGAAAGUUCGGCACAAGAAUGUGGUGCAGUUCAUAGGUGCAUGUACCCGACCUCCAACCUUGUGCAUUGUAACAGAAUUUAUGUCUGGUGGAAGUGUGUAUGAUUUUCUACAUAAACAAAAGGGUGUGUUUAAGCUGCCAUCCUUACUCAAAGUAGCAGUUGAUGUUUCCAAGGGAAUGAACUACUUGCACCAAAACAAUAUAAUCCACAGAGACCUGAAGGCUGCCAAUCUUCUGAUGGACGAAAAUGAAGUUGUCAAGGUUGCUGACUUUGGAGUUGCCCGGGUGCAAUCUCAGUCAGGAGUGAUGACAGCGGAAACUGGAACAUAUCGUUGGAUGGCUCCUGAGGUCAUAGAACACAAUCCGUAUGAUCACAAGGCUGAUGUGUUCAGUUUUGGAAUCGUGCUUUGGGAGCUGUUAACAGGGAAGAUCCCAUAUGAGUUCUUAACUCCAUUACAAGCAGCUGUAGGUGUGGUGCAAAAGGGUCUACGGCCCACAAUUCCAAAGAACACUCAUCCAAAACUUGUGGAGCUGCUUGAGAGAUGCUGGCAGCAAGACCCAAGCUUAAGACCUGACUUUUCUGAUAUUAUAGAGUUUCUACAGCGAAUAGCCAAGGAGGUUGGAGAUGAUGAGAAGAGAUCUGGUGGAUUAUUUUCAGUUCUCAAACGGGCUCAGCACUGACGUAUGGGGAUGGGGUUGUUUAUAAUGUCUUCCUAUAAUCAACUAGGUGAUUUCCCAUCUACUUUUGUCAUGCAUUGUACAGUAAUUUUUUUUUUAAUAAUUGAAUAACCUCAAUUGUAGUAGUCAUUUUUCGUUUGGUUUUAUUGGUCACAUGUUUUAAAUUUAUUUUUUUUCACCUUUUCAACUUUAUUUUAGUUGGUCUAGUCCAUCACAAUUUAUGGUUGGCAGGGCUUUAAUUGUAACUGUGUAGGAUGCAUGGAAUCACUAGUUUUCGUCACAUGUUUUAAGUAUCCUUGAGCAAGUUGUUCACUAGAUUUC